CUUUGCGCAAUCCGAGUUAGUCGCAUGCGCGGAUCGGCACAGGACAGGUGAUAGAUGGCCGGAUUAACACUGCUAUUUGGCCUAAUCCUGGCCAGCUUCUGUGCUUGCUCCGCCGAUACUGCUCAGAUCUUAAGAUAUGAGAAUUCCAAUUUGGACAGCGAUGGCUAUGCCUUCUCAUUCGAGACAAGCGAUGGCAUUUCGCGUGAAGAGAAGGCCACAUUGAAGAAUCCUGGUACACCCGAUGAGGCAAUCGCCGUUCAGGGCAGCGUCAAUUGGGUGGGACCCGAUGGCGUUCAUUAUACGCUCAACUAUCUGGCCGAUGAAAACGGUUUCCAGGCCCAGGGCGAACAUCUUCCGCAGGUGGAGCACUGAUCACGUGAUAGCUUUGGACUUUGUUAAACAAUACUAAACAAAAGCAAAACCACCGAAUAGCUGGAGGAGGCGGGCGCAGACAAUAGAAAUUAAAUACAUAAUAAAAAUAUACAAAAAAAACAAAAAUCAAAUAUAGACACAUAUAUGUGUCUAUAUAGUAUAUAGCUAAAUGGCGGGGUAUAAAUUUUCACUCAUCGAAAUUGAAUUGUAUUCUAGGCAGGGAAUUAGCAUAUACGUUUGUAUCUUCCAAACCUGAAUUGUGGUCUGUAUGCGGUAACCGAGUAGCUGCGAUCUUCGAUCCCCCGAUCUCCGAUCUCCGACCUCCCAUCUCAGAUCUCCGAUCUGCGGGAGCUGACCAAACCGGUUCAAUAAACGCCAAAAAGCACCCAACAAAGGUUGCCAAAAAAAAAAGCAAACAACAAUUAAAGAAGCCACAAAGCUACCAACGAAAGUGAGAACUUCGUGGAAAAA